AUGAUUACUGCUAUAGUUGAGCGAUGGAGACUUGAGACACACAUAUUUCAUCCAUCGGUAGGUGAAGCAACCAUCACACUACGUGAUGUUGCUAUACUUACUGACUUACCAAUUAGGGGAGAGAAAUCACUGGUCCUAGUCCGAGCCAUACUAAAGAGCAGAUACGUAGGAUGUUCGGGGUCCUACAUUGGGUCUCCAUUGAAGCUGUUGUGGAUGCUUCAUAUCAUCGAUCAUUUACUAACCUUUGACGCUGAGGAUGUAUAUGUAAAGCGUUAUGUUGGUAAUUACUGUUGGGUACUUGUUUCCGGCUAUUUAUUUGUCAACAAAUCUAUAAACAAAAUGCAAGGAAUCUUUUUAGAGCUCUUGAUCAAGGCUUGCGUGACAUCGCUUGCUAUAGCUAGGCUAGUGUUGCAUUUCUUUCCUCUACAGACAUUUAUGUCAAGCUACUACGAUUAA